AAAGAUCUGAACACGUGGUCAAUGACAUUAUGAGAUCUACCCAUUCAGAGAAGGCAUGCGAGGGAAAGUCGACGAACCGCCCAUUGAAGGCGCGACAUAUUUCAGCACAAGAGAUCAUAGGAGAAAGGGGUCAUUGCCCCAUUCCUCAGUGCUGCACCAUCCGGGAGAAAUCAAUGUCUACGUUCCGGCGACGCCCGCGGAUUCGAGGGAAAUAGAAUCUUGGCGACCUUUUUUACAGAUCUGAAAUCAGACCUUUAACCCAAAUUGGUGGAGCUUCCCAUUCAAUGGUCAUAUAUGGACAUACAUUUUAAAAUGCAGAGGAGCGGCAUAGACACAGCAACCAGACUUUAUCACCUCCCCACAUCGUGCACAUUCCUCGCGGCUGUCCAUUAUGCAGCAGAGUAUGCCGAUGGGAAAACAAAAUAUAGCCAUGAGAACACCGGCGAUCCCAUGCCGACUGACUAUGAGGUGACCUUGCUGAAGGCAUAUGCUGCGAGGAUCAUUCGGCGCCAUGCUCUGGUUAUGAUGGACAACGGACAUGAGAUCCAGGCUGCACUACGCCCUGCACGUAUGGUGGUGGAGCUGAAGCUGGCGCCUGAGAUGCGACGGCGUCGGAUUUGGUGGUCGCCGCUGGAGGCGACGCAGCUGGAGUGACGAUUGUCGGCUCCGUUGACAUGUUGUAGCGGACCGAAUUGUUAAGGAUGGACAAUCGAAUCAAGUCUCGAUUGCGAGGGUAGGAAAUUGGGAUUCGAUGUCGUCGCCAUGUUGAUUGAUGAGGGUUCGUUCCUUUUAACAACUAGCCAAUGGGCAACGGCAAUGUAGUGUGUUGAGGACAAGAAAA